UGCACGUCGUCAUGGACAAGCCCGUGACAACCCGUCCGGGCUCUUGCACCUCUGCCUCCGCAGCGCUAGGCAUCGCAGAAGACUUUGAGGAAACCCACGCGAGAUAUCUGGAGCUGCAGAGGACGAAGAAGACGUUCUUCCAGAUCCACAGCCAACGCCGGUUUCACCCGGGCUUUCAUCACACAUUCGACCUGAUCAAGGACGUUGCCGAGCGCACAAACUGCCCCGUCACCAACAUCAUCUCUACCCACUGCGACGGCAUGUGGCGCAUGCCACCGGAGAUCGUGGAGCAAACAUACCACAGCUUCAGCCACGGCUACGGCAAGGUCUCGCACAGCGGCUACCAUUUCCUAGACAUGUGCUACCUACUCAUGAGGAUGGGCUGGGGCGAGACCAAGCGCCCUGAGCGCGCCGAGGUGGUCAGCAGCUUCAUCACGCCAAACGGGUUCCUCACCUCGUUCAACGACAAAGACUACAAGAGCAUGUUUGGCACCGACUACAAUGACUUCAACCACUACACCCAGACAGACCUAAUGCGGCUCACAAAGGACAUGGGCGAGAUCGACUCGGCCAUCCAAGUCACCUUCUUUCAGGGCAAGCACCCCAUCGCCCUCGCCCAGAUCAACCUCCAACACAACGGGUCCACGCGGCGCAGCUGGCUGAAAGCCGGUCCGGAUCUAUACAAGGGAAUCGGCCGCGUGAAGCACGAGUUCCACGAGAUCAAAAGCGGGCCCCUACAAACCGUCGUGAUUGACUCCCGGCAGGCCAACGACAAGCACGACCGGUCUGUCCCCAGCACGGCGAAAAUGGGCAGCGACAACCACUUUGAGGUGCAUGUUUUCCGGAACUCUGAUCUGCUGAACGAGACGGCGCCGUUCCAUUCUUACUCUGUGGAUGACCUAGACAGACGCUACAAGACUGAUAAGCCGGGCUUGUAUUCGGAGAACAUCAAAAGGGGCAUCCUCCAGGAGGCGAUUGAUUUUGUCAACGGGAAGAGAUCGAAGGCGGACUUGUCCUCGCCGCUGACGGACCAUGAUAUCCCCGUUCAUCUGAUGAGUGCCGUUUAUCUGUCGCAUGUGAGGAGGGCCGCGGGGGGGAAUCCGAUUGUGGAUUUGAAGAUCGAUUAUAAUGCCGAUGGCGAAGCCCAGGGAUCCAUCCACGUCCCCGUUGAACCGGUCAUUGCCGUACAGCCACAGACCACUCCAGGCCACGUCUUCCGGUAUUCGGCCUUGUUCUCUGGGCUGCUGAUCUCAUAUCUCAACCUGGCAUUCACCAGGUUCUCCACAAUACUCGCGACUGGGGAGAAGAGUUUCAACUCGAUUAGUGCGUGAUGAACAAAACAACGCAUAACAAAAUGAGACAAGGCAAGAUAUCAUAGGGCUUUCGAAACGAUCAUAGAGUGGCGAGAAAUGGAGUGUAGUCAAGGGAUUUGUGUCAACUAAUCAUAGUCUAUAAUCUCCAUAGCCAAAACCAGACAGAAGGUCAAUAGGGUUUUCAGGAC